AUGGACUUUCUAGAUUACCAGGCCUACGGACUGGAAGAUGCUAGUACAACUGAUUCCUUGCUUCCAGAACCGGCUUCCAGGAUCAAAAUACAGUCCAAACGGUCGUCUACUGCUCUUGUGAAUAAGUUCCAAUUACCAGACCUAAAGAAGGCAGGUCAGGGUGGAGAAACAUGUACAAGCGCUAACUUACAAGACCGUAUGCAGAAGUAUGCGUCGCUCUCUCUCGAUCUGCUCUCAGCGUCAGAAAUUCCCCAGUAUACGGGUACAGAAUCGCCCACUCCUUCAAAGGGAACGUUACCAAGGGGAAAUAGUCUGAAACAGCUUUUGAAUAGCAGAGAGGAUGCUGCAAAUGACGCGGAUCUUCUUUUGUCCAAAAAAUUGUCGCGUGUGCUGGACAACUACUCUUCUGGUCCACUAUCGAACAUUCAGCUGCGAAAAUCGUUUGAAAUUCUAGAGGAGAAUAGAGAAAGGCUCAACUUUAAGUGUGAUACUAUUGUUCGCGCCGAUUAUCUCGGGUUUCUUGCCAGAAAGUCCCUGAGAAGCGAUUUGGAGAAUGAGCUGCUGCGAUCUCAUUCAACUAUUAUAGAAGAGAUUCAACCAAUCGUCAGACGCGUGAAGAGGAUUUCAGAACCAGUAAAGUCUUUGCAAGAAGUUGGAAACUCUAUAUUGCAACAUGACUCCCAGAAAUCAGCAAACUCGACUUUAGACCUGAAGGCCAUCUCUGAGCUGCGCAAGGGCAUUGAAGAACUGAAUCUUAAGAAACAAUUGCUUGUUGUGAUACGCGACAAGCUCACCCUUACACAAAUUGAAGAAGAAACACUGAUCAGCGCUCCAGUUGACAAUGACUUGUUCGAGAUAGUGAACAAGCUCAUGGCGAUAAAAAAAACUGCUUCUUAUCUACUUUCUUUGGAAAAUCCAACAGCAGGACAAACGCUUUUAGCGCAAGUGAACUCCAAGAUGGAAAGGGCCAAUAAACGUAUCUUUAAUUAUUUGGUGAACUUUUUCCAUGAUCUGCAUACCACGUCCAAGACGUUUGGAGAGCGCGCAUUCGCCUCGGAUGACAAUAGUCUUCUGACUUUUCAGAAAAGUAUGGUCUAUCUGUCGAAUGACCUUCCACUCUUCAAUGAAGUAUUGAAAAAAAUUGUCAAGUUGAGGUCACAGCGCGUACUCAAUGAAUUCCUUUCUCAAUUCGAUUUCGACUCCUCCAAGGACUCAAGACCAAUUAUAAUGUCCGCUCACGACCCCGUACGUUAUCUGGGCGAUGUCCUUGCAAACGUCCACUCGCUCAUAGUUGAUGAGGCGGACUUCAUGGCGUCAAUGUUCAAGUUCCAAGAGAUCGAUAUUCAAGGUACUCCGAAGACAUUACUACAAGAAAAUGGAGAGUUCCUGGAUGGAUUAGGCGUGAAGUUAUUGAACGAGUCUUUCAAGCCAUCAGAAAACUCUAUCAGAAUACGAUUGGAACAGAUUAUAAGAUUCGAAGACAACCCGCUAAUAAAUUUUGACAUCUGUGAGCUUCUCAAGCUAUACAAAAUGAUGUUUAUAAAAUAUGGAAUUUUCCCAGACUCCUCGUUGAUUCAGCACUUAGAUUCUCUGACAGAAAGCGCGGGCAAUGAAAUUGUUAACGGGAUUUUAAAAAUGAUGGACUUUUCUGAGCAAAAGCCAGAAGGCGAAAAUGGGCUGUUGCCUCCGGAAUGGCUGACGGAUUACCUGAACCACUUGUGCAAGUUCUUUUCAAAGCUUGAAAAAGGUGGCAGCAUUGGGGACUCACAAAGUGUUGUAAACGCUAGCUUCAUUGAGAAAACCGUGGGCCAUUUAGUAAAUGGUAAGAUGAUGGAUUAUCAUCAGGUCAGGUUCCCUCUUGCAAGGAGAAACCGUAAUGAAAAAAUAUCAAUGCUCAUUUCAGAGACUAAUUGCCUUGACUUAGUACUUACCAGAAUAACACCAUACCGCAAUAGCAUCUUCCAAGCUUUAGGUUGUGAAGAUAUUUAUGGGAGUAUUGAGACUCAGCUGAGCCAGGCAGUAAAGAAUAUCACAUCAUUGGAAACCGCGGAGCUUUUGGAAAAAAUGGGAUUGGCGCUUUACAGUAAUCUGUACAACAUGAUCUUCCCCGUCGACUCAGUGGAGGACGAGUUGGAUUACGACAUGUACUUCCCAGCUCGUGAUAACCCCGUCAUGGAUAUCGAGACAAUCAGGUCGAAUGUUCACCAAAAGCUGAAUGACAGCUUACCAGAAAUUUCGAAUGACAUUCAGGAAAACCUCAUUUUCAACAUCAUUUCACCCAAAAUCGCUGAUCGCAUUUCACUUGGUUGUAUGGAAAACUUGUCAAAGUUUUAUGAGGUAUUUAGAAAAUCAUUGCAACAGCUGUAUUCUGACUCGCAAGACGAUGUCACUGCAAUUCUAAACUUCACGGAGCAAGAAUUUAACACUCUAAUUGGUUUGAGCUGA